UCUGACUCAACAACCAAGUAAGACUCCGUCCAACCCAAAUGGGGAGCUUACGUCACCGCCGUGAUAAUGGACUUCAACGUACGUGCGUCUCCCCAUUUUGCUUUUCGAAUCGUGGUUCCAUUCCCCCUUGUCUUAAACUCACCCGGCGCAUGUUAGCAUCUCUUCCAUGAGCCCACGUGGUCCCCACUCUUCCGCCUCAGGCGGUGGCCGUGAAGACUGUUGGAGCCAGGGAGCCACCGGCACGCUCAUCGACGCGUGGGGUGACUGUUACCUUAGGCUCAACCGGGGCAACCUUCGUCAGAAGGACUGGCAAAAAGUAGCGGCCGCCGUUAACUCCAGCCAUGACGGCCCCAAGCCCCGCAAGACCGACGUGCAAUGCAAGAACCGCAUCGACACGUUGAAGAAGAAGUUCAAGGUCGAAAGAGCCAAACCCUCACCGUCGAAAUGGCCCUUUUUUCAACGCCUAGAUUCUCUCAUCGGUGCAAACGCCUCCGCCACCAAAAAGUCUCCGGCCACUAGCUUGACCGUCAAGCCCAAGCCAGCGGCUUUCUCAAAGGGAUCAAAAUUAUCCGAGAGCAUGUGUGAUGACGAUGAUGAUGGCGCUGAUGAGGUCAAGAAGGCGCAUCGAGUGGAAGAUGUAGAGCUAUCUGAUGGAGCUGCGUGCAGGGAAUUAGCAAGGGCAAUAUUGAAGUUCGGGGAGAUUUAUGAGAGGGUAGAGAGCUCAAAGCAACAGCAGAUGAUGGAAUUGGAGAGGCAAAGAUUGGAAUUUGCCAAGGACUUUGAGUUCCAGAGGAUGAACAUGUUUGUGGAUGCCCAAUUGGAGAUGGAGAAAUUGAAGAGGCAAAAGCUUCAGGCUCUUACAGGUUUGUUGUCAAUUACAUCACCUGGUUCAAUUGGAUUUGCAACAAAUUGAAAGGUUGAAGAUUGGCAUGUUUUAGGUUCAAUAGUGGAUGUAAUGACAAUUUUCAAUGGCAGUGAUAAUGGUGUUGUUUGAGUCCUCACCAUACCAUUUCUAUGCAAAUACAACGAAUAUCUAUCUCUUAGUAGUGGUCUACAUGCUGCAUUGUAAAUGCAUUGUGUAUAAAUCUUUGUGAGAUCCUCAAAUUUAAUGUUCCCAGCAAGCUUUGGGGGUAUGAAUCUUGUCAAAGUCUGUAGAUUCUUGUUCAUAUAUGAACCAAAUAUGUUAAUUGUGAUCUCAUAGUAGCAUCUUUAUCCCUGACUAAUAUAGCGCUAUGAUAAAAUGAAUGUGAAAAUUUCUUAUCAGAUUUAGUUGGAUAGAGGUGUUUCAGGAAUGUGCUUUGACACAGCUUGGUUCUCUCUUAUAGAUAUGAUGCCUUGUAAUUUUCAGCUUUUUUUUUGGGUAAAGUUGAUCUUGUUUGUUAGUUUUGAACUCAGCUUUUGUUUAGGAUCUAAUAAGCAUUUUUGGGAACCUUACAUGCCUUGAACAGGGAAGAAGCACUAGGAGAUUGAUGGUGCUCCAUCUGGAAAAUGAAGCAGCCUUGUAUCUUUGUGUUAUUGUAUUCUUGGUCCUCUUUGGAUCUCAGGCACUUGGAUAGAGGUCCCUUGUCUGUGGGAGCCAACAAUUUGAAGAUCAAAAACCUUUUGAGUUUUUAAUUUUUGGUGUAUAUAACUAGUUGUUUGAUUAGAAUUACCCAACAAUUUCAAAUGUUGUAAAGUGCAGUUAAUUAUCAGUGCCUUGCAUUCUUGAUCUUAUCAUUUGCUGUGUUAGAAAAAUGUCUAAACUGUGAAGCAUUGUAUUUUUGCAUUCAUCUCAGAAUUUCAGAGAAGACUGCUGAUUUGAUCAGAAUUCUUUCGAAAUUUUUGUCUAUUUUGGACAUUGAGGCCCUCCAUCUGACCUGUGUUGUCAUAUGAAUUGCAGAGCUAAUUAUCAGCCC